AUGGAUGCAGAAAUCGCGAAUCUCAGCCUUGACGACGCAGCAGUUUAUCGUGAUUCUGAGACGCCUCAACACGAGGCUGCAGCAGCAGUAGAAGCAGCAGCGGCAGCAUUCGACGAUGACGGCGUCGAGAAUCUCUCUAAUUGGCUCUCGCGCGUCGUUCGCGAGGCGACGACAGAGCAGCAGCAGCUCGACGCCAUCGCGUCGUGCCUCUUCGUCGCGAACGCCAUGUGCGACUGGCCCGACUCGGACGCGCACAGGCCCAAAGAGAAGUUGGGCUUCGACAUCUUCUGCAAGAUGCCGCCCGUCAAGAAGCUGCUCGCUGCGGAGCGGGCGCGCAGGCGCACGGGCGUGCAGCACGCACACGGGAGGGAGGAAGAAAGCAAUGAGUGCGACGGCACCUUCUUUCUGUUAGACGACAGCAGCAACACGCGAGGCCCCAACACGCCCUGGAACAGCUUCAGCGGGCGCACAAGCUACCCACCAAGGCCCGUCAAAGUCGCUGUGCCGCCCGCCUUCAAGGCACUGCUGCCUGCCAACAGAUGGGACCGGGACGGUCGCCUGCGCACAUCGCUGGGCACGUGCCAUGCUGGACUCAAGCAGCCCGGGCACUCGCCACGCAAGAGGUCCCGCCCGACACAUGAG